CGCUUGUCGACAAAUGUAAACCCUCCUUUCUUCUUCCUAAAUAGAGGCCUUCACACGGUGGAUUCUAAUCCAAAGUGUUAUUACUCCAUGAGAUCUCAAAUACAAAGCGAUAGCCGAAUCGAGUGGGAGGUAGAUCUUUAGAGAGAGAUGACAAGGAGAUCUGGGUCUUGUUUCAGAUGUUGUUUGGUAAUUUUGGCUGUCAUUUCAGCAUUGUGUGUAUCUGGGCCAGCUCUUUAUUGGAAGCUUAAAAGGGGUUUUAAUUUCAAACCCAGUUCUUCAAUUUCUUGUACUCCAUGCAUCUGUGAUUGCCCUCCUCCUCUAUCCCUUCUCAAGCUUGCUCCUGGCUUGGUCAAUCUUUCCAUCACAGAUUGUGGGAAGGAUGAUCCAGAUGUUAAGGAAGAGAUGGAGAAGCAGUUUGUGGAUUUACUGUCAGAAGAGCUUAAACUGCAGAAAACAGUCGGUGAAGAACACAUACACCAUAUGAACAUUACGUUUGGGGAAGCAAGGAGGGUAGCUUCUCAAUAUCAAAAGGAGGCCGAAAAAUGCAACACUGCUACAGAAACAUGCGAACAGGCAAGAGAGCAAGCUGAGGCUUUGAUGAGACAAGAAAGAAAGAUAACUUCAUUAUGGGAGCGCCGAGCUCGCCAACUAGGUUGGCAACUAGAUUAAAUGUUAGUAUAUUAUAUAGUCUUUUCUUUUCUUCAUAAAUGUUGUACGAAUACGGUCAUUAUGGUAAUUGUGUUAACUCAAUAGAGCAGCCAAAUAGGCUCAAGUUGUACCUCAUAUGGUUCUCCCCUGUUUUGUAUUACAAUAUCACGUCAACUUUUGCAAUUAUUCUGA